AAAUGUAUGUACAUAUAUAGUAUUUGCACAAUGUUAGUCGGUUCUAGAUGUUGACUUACCCACCCACUCCCUAUCGUAGCAAUACUUUCCUUAAGCUAACUUAUUUUUGUUAUUGUGAAUGUCUGAAUGAAAUCAACAAAUUAUAAAUUUGUGCAAUAUAUGAAAUAAAAUGAAAUAUAUUUAAUGUGGUUGUGUUUGUGAGCCAAAUAUGUCGAAGUGUUCAAGCAAUACGAAAAGGUUUAUAUUGAAUGAAAAGUGAUAGUUAAGAAAUAAAAAAAAAUUAUAUAAGAAGCGACGUCGACGUGUUAGCAAUCUGGCAGCGAAAUGCUAGAAUCGCCUAAAUUCAUAGAUAAUGACAACUAUCAAGGCAGUCGGGCCUUCACUUGGUUGGCAGAUAUAUGUGGCUUAUCAGUAGACUUGGUUAACUUUUUAAUAUGUCAAAUCGGCGCACUUUUUCUGGCCUCUCUGUUCCGCUCGAUUCUGCAUCCUUCCAGGGUAUCGGCCCAUGUGCGACACAUUUUCGCGUUAACCGUGGGCUUGGCAUUUGGCUAUUUCUGCUUUGGUCCACAAGCCAUACAUAUUGCAGGACUUCCAUCUGUAUGCUACAUUGUGAUACGUACGCAGGAUCCGCGGGUGGUGCAGCGAAAUGUCAUGCUCGUCGCCAUGACAUACCUGUUGUGCAUCCAUCUGAUUAGGCAGAUCUACGAUUAUGGCUCCUACUCGCUGGACAUCACCGGUCCGCUAAUGAUAAUUACACAAAAAGUAACAAGCUUAGCGUUCAGCAUACACGACGGCUUUGUGCGUCAGCAUAAGGACCUCACAAAAGCACAACAAUAUCACGCCAUUUAUAAGGUUCCCUCGGCGCUCGAAUAUUUCUCAUAUGUGUUACACUUUCAAGGGUUAUUGGCGGGCCCAUUGGUAUUCUACAAAGACUACAUUGAGUUUGUUGAAGGCUACAACCUCCUAAAGCGACCAUCAACCAAUGGCAAUUUAGAUAAUGGCAAAUCAGAGUUGGUGUUGGAGCCCUCCCCCGUCAAGGCGGUCAUCAAGAAGGUCAUCGGCAGUAUGGUGUGUGCAUUUAUAUUUAUGAAAUUCGUGAAAAUGUAUCCCGUUAAGAACAUGAAGGAGGAUGACUUUGUAAAUACCAGCUCAAUGGCGUACAAAUUUUGGUAUGCCAUGAUGGCCACAUCAUGCAUACGCUUUAAGUAUUAUCACGCAUGGCUACUAGCCGAUGCCAUUUGCAAUAAUUCGGGUCUGGGUUUCACCGGAUACGAUAAGGAUGGCAACUCCAAAUGGGACUUAAUAUCGAAUAUUAAUGUGCUCGGAUUUGAGUUUGCCACAAAUAUGCGCGACGCUAUCAACAAUUGGAACUGCGGCACAAAUCGUUGGUUGCGCACCAUUGUUUAUGAGCGUGUGCCGAGGAAAUACGGUACUGUAUUAACAUUCGCUUUGAGCGCGGUCUGGCACGGUUUCUAUCCUGGUUACUAUGUGACAUUCGCCACCGGUGCGCUGAUGGUAACUGCUGCGCGCGUGGCUCGUCGUAUGUUCCGUCAUCGCUUCCAGCGCACUCAAUUCACGCGUAUGUUCUAUGACAUACUCACAUGCCUAACUACUCGCCUAGUAAUGGGUUAUGCAACAUUCCCAUUUGUUCUGCUUGAAUUCAUGGGCAGCAUUAGAUUGUACCUGAAAUAUUAUUUAUGUUUCCAUAUAGCUGCACUGGUUACCAUUUUUAUUUUACCCAAAUACAUACGCGGCGAACAACGCCGAGAACGCACCCCACAAAAACUACAAAACCCAAGUGAAGAAGAUAUCAAGUCCAACCACUUCAGCACCGUCUCAUUGCCGGCGGCAAACACAGCUGUACAGGACGUUCUUAAUGACAUCUCAGCGAAAAUACCUCAAGGCAAUAGUAACGAUCUCAACGACGACUAUGAAAACCUCAGUGCUCCAGCGACAAAGUCGAACCUCAAUGCACCACAACCGGCACCGCUGCUACCCACCGUAGCGUGCGCACGCGAAGCGGUCAGUGUGAAGCACGAAGAGUGCGAAAUGGACCAAUUAGGCAAUAAGAUCAAGGAAAAGAUCGGAACGGAGACAAAGAACAUUGAAGAAUUCAUUGAUAAGACUGUAGCGGAAACUGUUAGCGGCAUCGUUGAGUUGAAAAACGAUUUGAUGCGCAAUCGCGACUUUCCCACAAUACCCAUAUCACAAGAUGGCCUACGCAAACGUGUUGGAAUCGGUGCAAAUGUGACAACAGGAAGCGGCGGCAGCGGCAGCGGCAGCGGGAACGAGACUAUUGACAAGCUAGUAAACGGUGUCGAAGAGAGUGGCGCUUUUUUGAAGAAAGAAAUCGAAGUGAUCAAUGCGGUGGUGCAACAAGCAAACGUCUUGCCAGCAGUGCUGAGCAAUGGACAUGCUAAAUAGUAAUAAAUGCCAACAACAUUUAAAGACAAGUGGUGGAGCUGACCGGAAACAAAGGCGGCGACGAAAACCACGAGAAGGAUGGUGAACGAAAUUCAAGCUAUUGACAGCGGCAAAGGGAAAGUAAAAUAUUUAUGAUCAACAGAGAGAAGAGAAGUUUCCAACAACAAUCGCAUGAAAAGAGUUUAAAAUGGCAAUUUUAAAAUCCAAAGGACUUUUAUACUGAAGCAGGCAAAAUAAUCGUAAACGGGAGUAAAGCACAUCACGGAAAAACACCAUACACACGCACGCACACGCAAGCACACAGGAAUAUUAAGCACAACAUUUACAACAACAACUUGCAUAAAUACAUAUUACACAUUUGAAUGUGAAAAAACUUACUUUAACUUUACAAAGGAAAUUGUUUCAGAAUUGCAUUGUGAGCAUUUCAAAAUUGUCAUUACAUUGUUUGUAUCCAUUAAUAUCCGUACUGUUAUUUGCACAUUGAACAAAGCUUAAAAAUACUUCAAAAUACAUUUUUAUUAAUCCA